CUCCCCUCACAGAGCCGCCCCGCUGCCUUGCGCUGCCCCUCCGUGCCUCCAGGGGGCGCUGUCUCUCGCCGCUGGUGCCGGAGGGGCGGUCGUGGCGGCGGCGCGGGGCGGCCCCAGGCGGCCAUGGCCCUUCCCGGCAUUCCCUAUGAGCGGCGGCUGCUCAUCAUGGCGGACCCGAGAGACAAGGCGCUGCAGGAUUACCGCAAGAAGCUGCUGGAGCACAAGGAGAUCGACGGGCGCCUCAAGGAGCUAAGGGAGCAGCUGAAGGAGCUCACCAAGCAAUAUGAGAAGUCAGAAAAUGAUCUCAAGGCCUUGCAGAGCGUUGGGCAGAUCGUUGGUGAGGUGCUUAAACAGCUCACAGAAGAGAAAUUCAUCGUGAAGGCUACGAAUGGACCAAGAUACGUGGUUGGCUGUCGCCGUCAGCUUGACAAAAGUAAGCUGAAACCAGGGACAAGGGUUGCUCUGGAUAUGACCACUCUGACCAUUAUGAGAUACUUGCCAAGAGAAGUGGAUCCCCUGGUUUAUAACAUGUCUCAUGAAGAUCCAGGGGAUGUUUCAUACUCUGAGAUUGGAGGCUUGUCAGAGCAAAUCAGAGAGCUGAGAGAGGUAAUAGAAUUGCCACUUACAAACCCAGAAUUGUUUCAGCGUGUGGGAAUUAUACCUCCAAAAGGCUGCCUGCUCUAUGGCCCCCCUGGUACAGGGAAAACACUUUUGGCCAGAGCUGUUGCCAGCCAGCUUGACUGCAACUUCCUGAAGGUGGUGUCAAGCUCCAUAGUGGACAAGUACAUUGGUGAGAGUGCUCGACUGAUCAGAGAGAUGUUCAAUUAUGCCAGAGAUCAUCAGCCAUGUAUCAUUUUCAUGGAUGAGAUCGAUGCUAUCGGUGGCCGCCGUUUCUCUGAAGGAACCUCAGCUGACAGAGAAAUUCAGAGGACUCUGAUGGAGCUGUUGAAUCAGAUGGAUGGAUUUGAUACUCUGCACAGAGUUAAGAUGAUCAUGGCUACUAACAGACCAGACACGCUGGACCCUGCACUCCUGCGGCCUGGAAGGCUGGAUAGAAAGAUCCAUAUCGAUCUGCCAAAUGAACAAGCCAGAUUAGAUAUUCUGAAGAUUCAUGCAGGUCCUAUCACUAAACAUGGGGAGAUAGAUUAUGAAGCGAUUGUGAAGCUUUCUGACGGCUUUAAUGGAGCAGACUUAAGAAACGUCUGUACUGAAGCAGGUAUGUUUGCCAUCCGUGCCGACCACGACUUUGUCGUUCAGGAGGACUUCAUGAAGGCUGUUAGAAAAGUGGCCGAUUCCAAGAAGCUGGAAUCCAAGCUUGACUACAAACCCGUGUAAUGAGCCGGGCGGUGUGUGAUGGAUCACGGGGCGUGCUGGGCUCACCUAUAAAACAGAAACAAUGUACCUGUUGGUUCUCCUCAUGGGUGUUUGUAUAACGUGUAGUCAUUGGGUAAUGCCAGUUGCAAUGUGGGGCUGCAGGGAUGUGCUCUGUGCAGUCCUGGGAUACAGAACUCACUGCUGGUGGGUGUGGAGGUGUCUCAUUGUCUUUGCAGUGUGGGUUUAUAAGCGGCCUCAGUGGGUAAGCAGACUUCAAGUUCAUUUCUUGGUUUAUUUUUUAAUAUAUAUCAGUAAAUUUCAUCAAACAACGGAAUAAAACUUGUUUAAAUCAGCUUA